AUGUUCCCGAAAAACUGGCUCAUCCUCAUCCUCGUUACCUUCUUGGUCACUUCGCUGAGUCACUGCCACUCGACCCCCUUAUCGUCCUCAUCGCUCUCUCCCUCGACCCUGCUAGGCGCAGGUGAGCCCUCCGCUUCUCCGACUCCUCCGCCAGACCCCGACCGAAACAAGUAUUUCCACGAGCCGGGCGGCGACGACCUCCUGCACCAUUAUGACGCUCGCUUCUUCCAGAGAAUCGUGACCGACGAGGAAAGAAAGGAUACAUUGAGACAUCUCAUUCGCGCGUACUUUCUGACCUUUGAAUACCUGGGUCUGGAGACCUGGAUCGCACAUGGCACCCUCCUGGCCUGGUACUGGAAUGGCAAGAUCUUGCCCUGGGAUUGGGAUUUGGAUACGCAAGUCACGGAUCAAGGCUUGAGACUUCUCGCCAAACACUACAACCAAACCUACUACGACUAUGAAGAAGGCGAUGGCCAUCCUAAACGACGAUACUAUCUCGAUGUGAAUCCCUGGGCAUGGCAGCGAGAUCGGGGAGAUGGUGCCAAUAUUAUCGAUGCUCGGUUCAUCAGCGUAGACAAUGGACUUUUCGUCGACAUCACAGGAUUGUCCGAAGUGUACCCUGACACGGACCCCGGAGUCAUCAUGUGCAAGAACGAUCAUCGGUAUCGACUGAGAGACAUCUUUCCGCUGAGACAUACCUACUUCGAAGGCGUCAAGGCCAAGGUGCCAUAUUCCUAUGUCCCGAUUCUGACAGAAGAAUACACGGAUUCGGCACUGGUGCGAACGGAGUUUCAGGGCCAUCGAUGGGAUGUACCAAGUCGAGAAUGGUUGAAGAUCCCAGACGAUCAGGAAGUGGUUGAGGAAGAGGGCGCGACCAGACCUGGCGUCUCUGCAAAGAACGAUGGAGCAUAUGCUUGA